AUGAAGCUCCAGAGCAUGCCUGAUUUUCCGCUUCAUCUCACAUUUUGGGCCCCGACCUACAGUUGCGUCAUGCAUCAAGGGUUGUCCUUACCCAAGCGGACCUUUACCUUUGGUUAUACUCCGCCCAUACCUAAGGCACCUGAGAAUCUUCGCAGCACAAUCAAACGUCAAUUAACAAACCUUGAAAACAUCUUCCAUCAGAAAUCCAUCGAGCAAAGGGGCAUGUCUCUCGGCCGUCGCAUAGCCCUCGGUGGCUUAGGAGUCGGUGCAGCACUGUAUUUCUGGCCGAAUGCCUCACCAGGAGUUCCUGGGGCCCCAAUCACCACCGCCAAAACCACUGGCGUACAGAACAUAGAGAAAGCUUAUGCGAGAGGUGGUGCCACUUCCACACACACCAAGGCAUAUGGGGGAACAAUACAGGGACAAAAAGAAGAUGCACCGAUGAGAGAAGGCUCUGCCACAAACAAACCCACAGGAUACCAGCAUGAUGGGAUCGGAGACGACCAGCGGCCGAACGACCCCACCAAGCCUGAGAAAUGGUGGAUCAAGACGAUGUAUGGGAGUGAAAAGGGGAAAUGA